AUGGCCCUAAUACCAUCAGAUCCCCCAAAUUUGUACAAAAGUUUUCUCUCCUUCUCUCUUUUCUUUAUUUCUCUCUCUCUCUCUCUCUCUCUCUCUCUCUCUCUCUCUCUCGCCUUUUCCUUUUUUAUUUCUUUUUCCACUGUUAUCCUCCUCUUUACCGCAUUUUCCUUGGUUUUACAAUGUAGUUUUCUUCUUCUUCUUCUUCUUCUUCUUCUUCUUCUUUUAAUACUAUGCAUAGCAUAUAAUUCACGUGCCAUCUACAACUGCACUCUUUCUAUCUAUCUAUCUAUCUAUCUAUCUAUCUAUCUAUCUAUCUAUCUAUCUAUCUAUCUCAGUCUAUUCAUACCUAUCUAUCUCAGUCUAUUCAUAUCUAUCUAUCUCAGUCUAUUCAUACCUAUCUAUCUCAGUCUAUUCAUAUCUAUCUAUCUAUCUAUCUAUCUAUCUAUCUAUCUAUCUCUAUCUCAGUCUAUUCAUACCUAUCUAUCUCAGUCUAUUCAUAUCUAUCUAUCUAUCUAUCUAUCUAUCUAUCUAUCUAUCUAUCUCAGUCUAUUUAUAUCUAUCUACUUAUUAAUCCAAAUAAAAUGUCAUCUUUCUUUAUCUCAGUAUGGUUCUAUUUAUAUAUUUGAUUCUCUCUCUCUCUCUCUCUCUCUCUCUCUCUCUCUCUCUCUCAAUUCCUGUGAUUUCCUUUCUAUGUCUGCUACGAACAUUGUCAUCUGCAUAUCUUGA